AUGAACGGAAACAGAUACAAAUCCACCAUAAUCCUUUAUGACACCCUCAUUUCUAUAAUCACAAUCACGGCUUUCCUCCACUAUGUCUCCGCCGACGACGCCACCAUUAUGGCCGCGCUGGCUAAAUCUCUCUCCUCUCAUCCUUCUGGUUGGGUCGGCCCCAAGCCCUGCAAAUGGCAAGGCGUCGAUUGUGAUUCCUCAGGGAAAAUCAGCUCCAUUAGUCUCCCUUCCAUGUCUCUCACAGGACAAAUUCCAUCAAAUUUGAACCAGCUUUCUAAUCUCAAAUCCCUUCAUCUCCAAAACAACUUCCUUUCGGGCCCCUUGCCGUCUUUGUCCAACCUCGCUUCCCUCCAAGACGUCAAUCUUGAUGGCAAUAAUUUCAGUUCUGUCCCUCGUGAUUUUCUGUCAGGAUUAACAAGUUUACAAACAUUCAGCAUUAAUAAUAACUCAAAUCUCCCUCCCUGGAUAAUCCCUGAAACCCUUAAGGAUUCAACAUCCCUUGUUAGUUUUAAUGCAGGGAAGGCUAAUCUUGUAGGCCAAAUUCCGGAUAUUUUUGGAUCCUUCCCAAGUUUACAGAACCUGAGGCUUUCAUAUAAUAACCUGACAGGAUCUUUGCCUCUUUCGUUUUCCAAUUCCGGGAUUCAGAAUCUAUUGCUCAACAAUCAGAUGAUGGGACUUUCAGGUACAAUAGAUGUCCUCCGGACGAUGUCACAGUUGACAGAGGUUUGGCUUCAUGUCAACAAGUUUUCAGGUCCAAUUCCAGACCUUUCUUCGUGUAGAGAAUUGUAUGAUAUUCAGCUUCGGGAUAAUUUUCUCACCGGUGUGAUUCCUGAAUCUUUUACAAAGCUUCCCAAGCUCAAAACUGCCAUGUUGCAGAACAACGUAUUUCAGGGUCCACAACCUGGUUUUUCAAAUGGUGUCCAGGUGAAUCUUGGAACUUCUAACAAUUUCUGUAAUCCUAGUCCCGGCCCAUGUGAUCCACAGGUGACUACUUUGCUUGAGGUUGCUGGGGCAUUGGAUUAUCCAAUGGUAUUGGCUCAAUCUUGGAAAGGGAAUAAUCCUUGUCAGAAUUGGAUACAUAUUUCCUGUGAUGUGAAGGGGAGUGUAACUGUUAUCAAUUUUGCGAAGCAGAAUUGGUUUGGGACCAUAUCACCUGCCAUUUCCAAUCUCACUGAAAUCAAAACUAUCCUUUUGAACGACAACAACCUUACCAGUACCAUACCAGAUAGCUUGACCAGUUUGAAGCAGCUCCAGCUUCUUGAUGUCUCCAACAACAAUCUUUCUGGCAAAAUCCCAAAAUUUUCUUCAGGUGUUACACUGAAAACAACUGGAAAUACGUACAUUGGUAUAGAUUUGCCCCCUAAUUCCCCUCCUGGAAGUACAUCUAAAGGAGCAAAUAAUCAGUCUCGUGCGAAAAAUGGGACUAAUUCUUCUCUCUCAGCAUGGGUGAUUGUCGUCUCUGUUGUUGCUGCCAUUUUAGUGGUUCUUGCCUUGUGCUAUGCCAAAAAGCGCAGUGCAAAGUACAAAUGGGUUAAUGGAAGUGAACUUGGAAAUAGCGAAAAGGAGAAUGAGGCUAGGAAAAAUGUAAAAAGCACAAGUACAAGCGAGACUCCCAUUCGAAGUAGCAGUGAAAAGAUCGAUUAUCAUGUGUAUGAUGGUGGGAAUAUUAUGAUCCCAAUCGAAGUUCUUCGAGAAGUUACAAAUAGCUUCAGUGAAAACAACAUUUUGGGUAGGGGCGGAUUUGGGGUUGUUUAUCGAGGACAACUCCAUGAUGGGACACGAAUAGCAGUUAAAAGGAUGGAAUCAAAUAUUUUAAGCAAUAAGGGGAUGAACGAAUUCAAGGCUGAAAUCGAAGUGCUUACAAAGGUAAGACACAGAAAUCUUGUUGCGCUUCAUGGAUUUUGUGACAACGGGAAUGAAAGACUUUUGGUCUACGAGUACAUGCCACAAGGGUCAUUAGGGCAGCAUUUGUUCCACUGGGACGAGUCGGGGCUUAUGCCUCUCACUUGGAACCAAAGAGUGACAAUAGCACUAGAUGUUGCCAGAGGAGUCGAAUAUCUACACAGCUUAGCGCAGCAGAGUUUCAUUCAUCGAGAUUUGAAACCUACGAACAUUCUUCUGGGAGACGACAUGAGGGCUAAGGUUUCUGAUUUCGGUUUGGUGAGGAGCGCUCCGGAUGGAAAGUACUCAGUUGAGACUCGGUUAGCAGGAACCUUUGGAUAUCUUGCACCAGAAUAUGCUGCCACAGGAAGAGUGACAACAAAAGUUGAUGUCUUUGCCUUUGCGGUGGUUUUGAUGGAAAUAAUCACCGGACGUAAAGCUUUAGAGGACUCAUUACCUGAUGACCAAACCCAUCUAGUCCCCUGGUUCCGAAGGCUAAUCCAAUACAAAGACAGUGUAAGAGCCUCCCUCGACCCGACCCUACAGACAGACGAAGAAACCUUCUCAAGUAUUUGGAAAGUAGCAGAACUGGCCGGAUACUGCACAGCCCGGGAAGCACAACAGAGGCCGGACAUGAGCCACGUCGUGAAUGCCUUGUCUCCAUUGGUUGACCACUGGAAACCGACCCUGGAAGAGGAGGAAAGUUUUGGCGUUGAUUUUAACAUGAGCCUCCCUCAAGCGUUGCAGAAAUGGAAAGCUAAUGAAGACACUCCUUCUUCUUCUUCCAUGUUCACUAGUGAUUUCUAUAAUAGUAGCAAUUAGAGAUGCAUUCCUCUAUUUCUGAAAAUAUGCUUUUCUUAAAUACGUGUAAUUAAUACUUGAUUUUCAAUUCUUUUCUGCAAGCAAUUUA